ACACAACACAGUUGCCUGCAGUAAUGUAGUAAUGUAAUGGUCUGUUUGGUAGACAGGAGUAUUCAAUGAUGGAAACGCACCCAUUGUGCCGGCUCUGUGUAGAAAUUUGUAGCAAUUGUCAAGAUAUUUACGAUGAAGAUGGUAACAGUACGCAUGUAUAUGAAACGAUAGUCAAAUAUUUCGAUCCUAUGCUGCUGAAUUUGGACAUGGACCAGAAAAAUCCGAUUAUUUGUUUUCAAUGUUGGCGUAGCAUUAGUGAUUUCCACGAAUUUCAGCAGUAUGUUUACAAUGCUCAAAAUAAAUUAUCUUUGGGAAUGGACCAAACGACAGACAUUAAGACAGAAGAUGAUGAGCUGAACGAUCAAUUAUCAGAGGAUAUUGCAGAAGAGGACCUAGACGAGGAUAUGCUACUGGUAGGAUUGGAAAUUAGCGUAGAGGGAGAUGAUGGAAAUAACAAUGCUUUUCCGGAAGAAUGUUCCGAAGAAAAUUCUGAUUCAGUUGAGAUUGAAUCGGAAAAUGAAUAUUCUAGGUCUGGAAAUGACAUAAACGGAGCAAACGCUGAAGGUAGAAGAUCUGACAAAAUACACGAGAGGUCUGAAAAAAGCAUGUCAUUUACAUUUAAAGAAGACAAUACUCAAGAUCACAAUUCAGGUGAAUAUGGCUCUGAAGAUAAAUAUACGUUGAAAGAAUUACAAGGCAAGACAAGGAUGGAACAGCCUACAAUAAAAAGCCACACAAUGGAAGCAAUCAGCGAACACAGGAUGCCUAACGAAAAUAACAUUCACAAGGAUUCCGAAAUUAUGUCUUUUACAUUUGAAGAGGAUUCUCAAGAUGGCAAUAUAUCACAACCAAGUUACGAUGAUGACUCGAACGACCAUGCCGACAUCAAAACUUCCACGGAAAAUGACAAAUAUGCCAGGCAACGUAGGAUAAAGGAAAUAGACGAAUUUAUAGCAAAAUGGAAAAAAGAUCUUGAGUGUGUAGUUUGCUCUGAAUCCUAUCCAAACGUUGAUACCCUGCGUCGACAUUUUCGAGAGUGUCAUCCCAAACAUUUCUUUCAUGUCAUCUGCUGUCAAAUUAAAUUGCGACAUCGAUCCCAUAUCUAUGAACACAUUCGGAUACAUCUUGAUCCGAGUGCUUUUAAGUGUGAUGUUUGCGGAAAAUGUUUUAAAACAAGCGAGAAUAUGAAUAAACACAAGGUUCAGAAGCACACGGCAAAAGGUCAACAACUUUCGUUUGAAUGUUCAAUGUGUCAGAAGCGAUUUUAUAAGAAAUGGGCACUUAAACAUCACAUGAAUACACACAAAACUGGAACGGAUUACGUCUGUGAGGAAUGUGGCAAAGGAUUUGCAACCGAUGAAAUUCGGAAGUUGCACGAGCGAAGAGUACACAAUAUUGACAGAGUUUGUGAUCAAUGUGGCAAGACUCUCCAUGGUGCAUAUGCCCUGAGACAACACCUCUUGGAUCAUCAGGGCAUUAAGAAACCUAAAUGGCCCUGCGAUAUUUGUAAAGCCCAAUUGUCCUCACAUUCCAGCCUGAAACGCCACAAAAAGGUGGCUCAUACGGACGGUAGUACCGUGUACAUUUGUGGCGAGUGUGGAAAAAUUGCCGCCACAGAAGAAGCUUUGCAAAAACAUAAAAGUGUUGUGCAUCGAGCCGAGCGUAAAUAUAAAUGUACAAUCUGUGAUAAGGCCUUUAAGACAGCGAUUUAUUUGCGUGAGCACAUGACAACUCAUACUGGCGAAUCUCUAUACACGUGCCCACAUUGUCCAACAAAGUUUAGAGCUCGUUCGAACAUGUAUCAUCAUCGGAAAAAAGCACAUCCCAUAGAAUGGGCUGAGAGCAGACUAAAUCGUCCAAUCAUAGCGAAGGUCGAUAUAAAUCAAGUCUCCAACGAAGUAGUUUUUCAAUAUGAAACAUUGUGCGAUGAAAAUGGUGAAAGCAAUGCCAUAUACGAAACCACUGUCAAAUAUUUCGAUCCAAUUCUUUUGAAUUUGGAUCAGGAGAAACAACCCGUAAUAUGUGUUGGAUGCUGGCGCCACAUAGAUGAUUUCAAUAAAUUUCAAGUGUCAGUUAUACUGGCACAAUCCAAGUUAAAUGAAUAUACUAGCUCACAGGUAGAGCCGGAGACUAUAGUUAAAACCGAAGAUGCCAUUACUGAGGAAUCUGUAUUAGAUUAUAAGGAAAAUAUUGUUCAAAUUUUUACCACUGCAAGUAAUACCAAUAUCGAGGACAAUGGGUAUGACAAAGACUUUAUUGGAUUUCCAGAAGUGGAUGGACUCGAUGACCAUCGUGAUACAUACUUCAGUUCCGAUGAUGACAAACCUUUGAAGAUUCCCGUCAAAACCAAGAAGAAUGAUGAUUGCAUUAACGUUCCCAAAAGACGGGGAAGAAAACCAAAAGUGAAAGAUUCAACAACUGUAAAGGAAAGCGUUUUAGAUGUAGCCAAUUCUGGCGAGGUAGACAAUUUAAUAAAUGAUGUUACAUUAAAAGAAGAGGAAGCGGAGGACGAUACAGCGCCCUCAAAUGAUGAAAUCGGUGCAACAAAACCCAAUAAUUCAACGAAAAGAUCAUCCAAAGAAAUUGACGAAUUUAUAGCAAAAUGGAAACAGGAUUUGGACUGUUACCUAUGCAGUGCAACUGCCCCAAAUAUGAUGGCUUUACGAAAUCACUUUCGUAAACAACACCCCAAGCAGAAGUGUUAUGUUCUUUGUUGCCAAAGAAAGUUGAGUCGUCGUCAUCAGCUGGAAGAACACAUUCGCGUCCAUGUUGAUCCUGGUGCCUUCCAGUGUAAACUAUGUGGCAAAUGUUGUACAAAUAAACGAACUUUGAGUAAUCAUAUGUACGAACAGCAUACCGAGCAGGGACAGGAACGAUCCUUUGAGUGUCCAAUAUGCCAUAAAUGCUUCGCCAAGAAACCGGUGUGGAAACGUCAUAUGGAAAUACACGAGCCUAACAAGGAUCAUGUGUGCAGUGAAUGUGGCAAAGGAUUUCCAACCGAACAACGUCGUAUUGUACACCAACGAAUGGUUCACAAUGUUGAACGUGUAUGUGAUCAAUGCGGAAAAACUUUCCGCGGCAUCUAUUCACUGCGGACACAUUUGCAAGAGCACGCUGGCAUAGAGAGGCGAAAAUGGCCAUGUGAUCAGUGCAGUGCAAAGUUAAACACCCACGCAAGUCUAAAGCGUCAUAAAUUGGUGGCCCAUAAUGACGGCAAAACCGUUUACAUAUGCAGCGAAUGUGGAAAAGUGGCCCCAUCCUCAGUGGCAUUACUUAGUCAUAAGAAAUAUGUUCAUCAAGCAGAACGGAAAUAUAAGUGUACCAUUUGUGAUAAGGCUUUUAAAACCAGUCUGGUAUUGCGCGAGCAUAUGGCCAGCCAUACAGGUGAAGAUCUCUAUACCUGUCCACAUUGCCCGAAAACGUUUAAAGUCAGCUCCAAUAUGCAUCAUCAUCGUAAAAAAGCCCAUCCCGUAGAAUGGGCUGCAGCUAGAUCGAAAAAGCCAAUGACGGCGAGUAUUAAUAUGGCACAAGUGUCACAGGAAAUAGUUAUGUAAAUAUUUUAUACUAUAGUUAGAUGCAUAGAUUUUUAUGUAAUUAGUGCAAUGUAAAUAUAUAUACAGAUGUAGGACAAAAUAUUUUAAAAUAA